AUGCAGGACACAGAAAGUGUACUCGUACAAAGCAACAUUGACCGCCGCACAUGCGGCCGCGUCAAGCCUAUGCAGGUUCUAGUCUUGGGACUGUGCCGCACUGGUACCCUAUCAACAUGGCUUGCUCUCCAGGAAUUAGGUUACGACACGUACCACAUGACGUCCAUCAUGCAGAACCCUAAGGAUGCCGAGAUGUGGACUGAGGCCUUCCAGGCCAAGUAUCAUGGCGGCAACCCUUAUAAACGCAAGGAUUGGGACCAACUGCUUGGCCACGUUGAGGCCAUCACCGAUUUUCCUGGUGCCGUGUUCGUCGAGGAGCUGACACAAGCCUACCCCGACGCUAAGGUCGUGCUGACUCUGCGCGACCCAGAUGACUGGGUGCGCUCAAUGCAAAAGACCAUUAUGACCCAGACCUACAGCCCAAUUGCCACGCUCAUGGGCUGGAUCGACUGGGAGGCCUUUGGCGUCGGCAACCACAUGUGUCGCGUCGGCUUUAACGGAAUGUUCCGGGGUGAUUUCGAGCGCAAUGGCCGCCAGGCCUUUGUCGAACACUACGACCUUGUCCGCCGAGUGGUCCCGGCUGACAAUCUUCUCGAAUGGAACCCAAAAGAAGGAUGGGAGCCGCUCUGCCAAUUCCUAGGCAAGCCAGUCCCCGAAACUCCCUUCCCUCGGGCCAAUGAUGCCGCUAUCUUCAAGGACAAGUCGGCGACCGUCGUGCGAGCCGCUUUCCUUCGGUUGGGAAGGAAGAUUGCCGUGUACGGUCUGGGCAUUACCGCCGCCUACUUCGCGGCCCGAUAUGGUCAUCGUGAGCUUUUACGAAGAUCUUAA